AUGGCGACGACCAGCGCUGCAGAUGCGGGGGAGAAGGUUAACCUUGUCGUCGAGUUCUCCGGCGGCCUCGAGAUGCUCUUCUCUGACCAGCGGCGCCACGCCCUCUCGAUCCCGGCGGUGAACAAGGACGGCAAGCCCGCAAACAUUGCCUUUCUGAUCGACUAUCUAUGCGAGAACACCAUGAAGGAUUCCAGGAAGGAGCUUUUCGUCCUCGAUGGUCAUCUUCGACCGGGCAUCCUGGCCCUCAUCAAUGACGCAGAUUGGGAGCUCGAGGGAGAGGAGGCGUAUGAAGUCCAGAGCGGUGACAAUAUCCUGUUCGUCUCGACACUUCACGGAGGUUAA